AGAUGGUUAGCCCAAGAAAACACACAGGAAGCGCCAUAUUCAUAAAUUAAUCCAAAACAUUAUUUUGUUAACAUUUAUUGUGCCUACAUUUGACCAGCCCAAUUAAAGUUCUACUUCCAAGGAAAUGUUAUCCCAACAAGUGAAUGAUGCAGAGUUGUGAUGUUAGCAAGAGAGACGCUGGUAAGAUCUGGCUGAGGAAGCCAGCACCUUCUGGUGAUGAUGGGUUAAUGGUUCAGAUCAGCCAUGAUGCCAGCAGCUCCUUCGCACCCACUGGGAGGCGUGUCCGCUUCUUGCACACGGCAUUUAGUAGUAGUGGAGAUAGCUUUGUUGCAGCAGACCACCAAGGAAAUAUCUAUGUGUUUGAUCUUGCUAAAAACAGAUUCCAGUUAGUCCAGAAGACUGGUCAGGCGUGCACAUCUUUGGGCUUCACGCUGAGACGGAAGACGGAGUACUUGGCCGCUUUGGCCGAUUGCUCCCUGAAAUGUUUUGAUACUGACACAAGGGAGUUAGUUGCAUGGAUGAAAGGUCACGGAACCCCGAUUCACUCCGUCUCGAUCCAUGCCUCUGGCCGCUACGCCCUGACCACCUCCUCAGACACCAGCCUGCUCUGGGACUUGGACACCUUCACAAGGAAACGGAAGCUCAAUGUCCGAGAUGCCGUCGGCAUUUCAAAGGUGUUCUUCUUGCCUCUGAGUAACACCAUCAUGACCUGUUUCCGUGAUGAUUCCAUCUUUGCUUGGGAGUCAGACACCCUGCAGUGCAAGUACCAGCUCCCUAUCCCACCCGGAGAUAGCCCACACUACAAGGCAUUUGCCACACCGAGAGAUGGACGUUUCUUAGUUGCUGGAGGCAAGUCAAGAUUUCUUCACGUCUGGGCCUUGGAUACGCGCCGUUUACUGAGAGUGAUUGAAAUGCCGGUCAAAGUGCGAGUCGUCAAACAACUUGAGUUCCUUCCGGAGAGUUUUGACGGCGGCUCAAGUCAGAUUGUCGGCGUCCUGAGCCAAGACGGCAUCAUGAGAUUCUUAAACAUCACAACAUGUAAGAUGCUCUUUGACUUAGGAACGCUCGAGGAUCGUGUCUCCGGUGUGUCCGUCAACCCAACCGGUCGGCACAUCACAGCGGUAGUUGAAAGUGGCUGCAUGAAUGUCUACAGUGUCCCGGCGCUGAUGUCGGAUUUUAAUAAGCCACCUCCAGUCAUAGUCAAAGUUGCGUCAGGGAGGACCAAGAAGAAAGUCACACACGGUGAUACAGCCAACAGCACCACCCUCAGGUCUAUGACCCCAGGGAGACUACAGAUGCAAGGGGCAACUAGGGAGACACCAGGGGUGACACACACCGCCACAACAGGGGUCAGGAGGGCUGGAGUGAUGCAGACAGGGGAGUCUGAAAAUCAACUAGAGGUUUCUGAAUUACCGGAGGGGCUAGACCUGAAUAGACUUCAUUCAAUUCUCAAAGGCUAUGGAGAAUAUCCUGCAAAAUACAGAAUGUUUAUCUGGCGUUCCGUUCUUCGUCUUCCUGAGAACCACGCGGCAUUCAGCAGUUUAGUUGACAAAGGAACCCACCUCGCCUGGGUCAAGGUCCAUGAAGAUUACCCUAUCAAGAGUCGCAAGCUUCUCAGGGUAUUGCAGAGGACAUUAUCAGGGCUGGCCCACUGGUCUGCCAUCUUUGGUGAGACUGACUACCUACCGUUGAUGGCAUUUCCUUUUGUGAAACUCUUCCAGAACAACCAACUCGUCUGCUUUGAAGUCAUAGCUACAAUCUUAAGUAAUUGGUGCCAACAGUGGUUUGAGUUCUUCCCCAAUCCUCCCGUCAACGUGCUGUCCAUGGUGGAGAAUGUUCUAGCCUACCACGAUCGUGCUGUCCUGCAGCAUUUCGUCAAGUAUGGCGUUACGUCCCAGGUGUACGCCUGGCCCCUACUUCAGACCCUGCUAUCUGAGGUAGUCACUAAGGAGGAAUGGCAGAAGUUGUGGGAUAACAUCUUCUCCAAUCAUCCUGCUUUCUUGCUUCUCGUCGUCGUAGCUUACAUCAUUGGCUCUAGACAACCUCUACUUCAGUGCACUGACGUGGAUGAUUUCAAGUACUUCUUCCACCACCGCAAUGCCGUCCACGUCGGCAACGUCAUCAGUGAAGCUUACCGAUUAUGGGAGGUCACUCCAGAUGACAUCCAUCCAAAGAGAAUGCUGGAGGAAUUCAAGCCGCUCACUAAAGGACAAUAUCCAAUCUUCAAUAAGUACCCAAAGUUCAUCGUGGAUUACCAGGCUCAAGAGCGUGAGCGCAUCAGACAGGAUGAGCUCGAGUAUCUCCACCAGCGUCAAGCAGCGUCGGAGCUCCAGCGAGAGCUGAAUAAGAGACACGGCGAGGAGACGGCGUGGUACCGUCAGCAGAAGCUCUUGAAGGAUGCCGAGGAGCAGCGGAGGUCUCUCCUCGCUGAAGAGGAACAACGACUCGUUGAUCAACGUAUCAGGUUACAAGCCAUGAAGCGGGAGCUGAGGAUUCGAGAGCUUCAGCUCCUAGACGGAGCCAAGAGGAAGUUCAUGCAUCAUCAGCAGAUGCAGAAAGAGGCUGAUCUUGGACGGCUCGAUGAUGAGAUUUCUAGAAAGAGUCUCUUGAGGGAGCAGGAAACCAAAGCAGCUGUAGAUGAUGUAGAGAUCAGAAGAAUGGAACUUCAGGCUCAGAAACAACGCCUAGAACAAGAUCUGGCAAAGAGUUCUGCGUAUACGACAUACCAGCAGAGAGCUGAUGAAGACGCUCACAGACGCCAAGCUGAGCUGGAGGAGAGAGUCAAAGGUAGAGCUUGGGAGAAUAAUCAAGACCAACAACAUUCAACCAGGAAGCAAAUCCAGAAUGACAUUGCCAAGGCAGAGGAGCUGAGUGGAGGAUUGGACGUACGGAGAGAAGGCGAUUACCAACGGAGAAUGGACAACCUGGAACAACAACUCAGGAACACUGAGCUUUCAAGACUCCAUGAGGAGAAUGUGAAAUUGGAGCAAGACGUUCAGUCAGUGAUGAGAAGAAUUGCAGGCAGGAAGUUGGAAGACGCCACUGACAAAAGUAAAGACUUUCACAGGCAGAGGGAAUCAUCCAAGCCCAUCGAGUCACACGCUGGAGGGACGGCCAAUCUUAACAAUAAUACAGCAGGGUUGAGAGGUAAAGCCUUGAAUGAUCUCAGCAGUUCAGAAGAUGAUGAGGUGCCAAUUUCUCUGGAUCGGGGCCGAGACACUUUUGAACAAAGGGAGAGGAAUCUGUUGAAGAAGGUUCAGGAGCUGCGGAAGAAGAUCGCCAUGGAAACAAGACGACAACAUCCUCCUCCAGGUUUUGAUGUGGAUGAUGAGAGCGACCAAGAGUAAUGGGCAAGAUAUAUAUUUAUUCAGGCCUGGAAUUUGAUGGAGGCCACGGAGGCCAUGACCUCUGUUGCCCCUUCAAAAGUUACUAGG